AAGUGGGAGCUGCGGGGCGUUUGGUAGCACUCCACGCUGGGAAGUGUAGUUUCUCCCGCCUCAUCUUUCUGGAUGCGGGUGGGGAUGGGGAUCUCCGGACUGCUUCCCUGUCGCUCUCCCGCACGCUCUCCCCACCACCGUCACCCCUCCUCAGGGCCACUCAGCGCUGACGACAGGCUGAGCUUCCCUCCGCGCGCUCCCCGGGAGUAAGGGGAUGAGGUGGGAAAGGAGACUGAGGGGCUCUGGCGGCUGCCAUUUUGACCUCAGCCUUCCUUCCGGGUUUCGGAGCACCCCCUCCCAGGAUAAGACACCAUCUCCAGCUGGGUUGGGAGUCCCAGACCACUUCCUUACCCCCUUCCUCAGUUGCCUCCCACAUCCCAUUCCAGAGACCGGCACUCCUGGGCUUGCAGCCAGUCCCUCACACUCAGCAGAUGCGGGUUUGGAGGAGGGAGUUUGGCCAGGGACGGGAUUUAACAAAUUCCUUGGGGACCUUGAUUCCCAGGGAAGAAUGGCAGUGACCCAGCACGGAUUGGGGGACCCAGUCAGGCAGCCCAGAAAAAGGGAGAUUAUACAAACAGAUGUAAAGACCCAGUAACAACAUGUGUGAAUCUGUCUACGAGGCUGGGACAGGAGAUGAGGUGCGAAGAAUCCAGUUUCAACCAAGUGGUGUAACCAAAAAAGUUGCCGUCUCAAUAUUGGUUUAUGUUUAUUUUCCACUGACCCUAUGGGUGAAGAUACCCUUGACCAUUACUCCACCUGAAUAUGUUCCAGUUCAUCCGACGUUACAUCACCAGGUUAAGAGAUAUGGAGAUCUCCACAAGGAUUUGGAGAAGAGUCCCAAUAAUUAUUAAAAUUCUGGACUAGAUCUAUUAGGAAAGAUAGAUGGACUAUAAGGCACUUGCCCAAGAAACUGCUCGAGAAGUUUUAGACUAUAGUCAAGACACAUCAGGCUGGAAAGUGGUUAAGACUUCAAAAAAGAUAACUGUUUCCAGCAAGGCUUCUAAAAAAUUCCAUGGAAAUCUAUACCGUGUCGAAGGGAUAAUUCCAGAAUCAACAGCUAAACUCUCUGAUUUCCUCUACAAACCUGAAAACAGAGUUACAUGGGAUAAAUCACUGAAGGUGUACAAUAUGGUACACAGGAUUGAUUCGGACACAAUCAUAUGUCAUACCAUUACACAGAGUUUUGCCAUGGGCUCAAUUUCCCCCCGAGACUUUAUCGACUUAGUGUACUUCAAGCGCUACGAAGGGAAUAUGGAUAUUAUCAGUUCUAACAGUGUGGAUUUUCCAGCAUAUCCUCCAUCUUCAAGUUAUGUCCGUGGUUAUAACCAUGCUUGCGGCUAUAUAUGUUCCCCUCUGCAAGAGAACCCAGCGCAUUCCAAACUAGUGAUGUUUAUCCAGACAGAAAUGAGAGGAAAAUUGUCCCCAUCAAUAAUUGAAGCAACCAUGCCUUCCAACUUAGUAAGCUUCAUCCUCAAUGCAAAGGAUGGAAUAAAGGCCCUCAGAUCUCCAGCAGGACGUGGAUACCAUCAGAGCGGUCACUCAUCAUUCCUAAAGAAGAAGUGAGGCCAUAGAAAAGCACGUGUGGCAGUUACAGCAGUUUACUUCCAAGUGGAGUUUCUGCCAUUUUUGGAACAUAUGAUGUAUGCACUAGCCCCUGGACGUGCUAAGCAUGAGCAAUUGAACCAACAGUGCCUGCGCAAGCUCCCUGCUCCCGCCCUUACACUGAAUAAACGCUUCCUGCACUAACAGCAUGGUGAGACAGUUCUUCGUGAGCUACUUCCCUGUCUUCUUACAUGUAACAAGCAAUAAAAAGUUCUUUGCUUUUAUCAUUUCC